UUGUUGCAAGUUUGUGUCGAAAAUUUUUUUCGACCUCACACCGAACAGAAAUCAUUGGGUCGAGGUAGGUGUCAGAAGUGACCGCUGACAACUCUCUUACAAUCUUUUACAGGUCAAUUGGGGGGCAGUUGCAACUGUACGGUCCUGGUGAUCGAUAGCCGUAUUUACGACUUACAAUCUUUGGUCCUGUGCACUUCCAAGUAGCACCCUCACUUCACGUCAUCCCUGAUUAAUCCAUUGCCGUUUCUACUGCUUGAAGUUUUCAGGCUUGCGUGCUUCUAAGCUUUAGAACCCCUGUUCAACUGAUAGUUAUUCUUUACGGCUUGAAGUUUUCAGGCCAACUUAAAUUUUAUUUGCCAAUAAGAAGCACCAUCUUGGCGGCCGAAAGUCAACACUCCAAUAUUUGUGGCCUUGUCAGCUGUUGGACCUGAUAACCGACACCAUGCGCCCCCACUCCGAGGUUUCACUCACAGGAGAAACUACCUCGAGUGGACGCGUUGUUAAGCGCUCUGCCCGCUUGCAUGCGUCUCUGGAGGGUCCUGCCGGUGCAAACACGGCCCCUGCUUCUAACGAAAUGGAUGUUUCCCUGCCGCCUCCUGUUGCUGGCAUGAAAACGGGUCCCCACUCUAACAAAAAGGGUGCUGCCCCGUCACCAUCUUCUGUCACCCGCAAGAACGCCUUGCAUUCUAACAAAAAAGGCACUGCCUCGCCGGCAUCUUCUGUCACCAGCAAGAAAACGGCCUCCCGCUCCACCAAAAAGAGAGUUGCUCCACCAGCGUCUUCUGUUGUCCUGCCGGUUGUCCAAUCAUCACCUACCACUCCACUCUCAACGUCUGUUACCCUUCCACCAGAUCCCCGGCCCACACAGCCAGCAAUAGCUGAAUUGAGCUUGUCAGUUCAGGUUGUUGGUUCAUUACGUAGGCGGAGGCCAUCAUCCUCAAAGGAGCCAUCUCCCAAUCAAGCCAUUGAUUCUCUCCCUAACAGCCCAGGGACCUCGGUGCCAGACUCCCCUCGCCUGCCUCCUCUCCACAGGGGGUCGGACAUGAAGCAAGGGGGAGGUGACUCGCAACCUCGGCUCCUGAGGCAGGAGCCCUCCCCCGUUGUUCUAGAAGAGCCUCUGGCAAUUAAUGUAGGGCCAGAACUGCAGCCACCACAUCCAGAUGAAGAUAAGGCAUGUGCGAUGUCACCAAGGUCGAUCUUGGAUUUUCCCUCUACUCCAGUGCCCUCCAGGGCAUCCACACCUUACCUGCCAUCUUUCAAGAUAACACAUGGUGUCCAUGAGGGUUCCUCCAUUGAUGAUUUGGCAGGUACAAACGCGGUUGACUUGUCUGGCCUCAUACUGAUGGAGAAUGAUGAUGAUGAUGAUGAGGAGGAGGGGGCUGAAAACAAUGUGGGGGAUACUGAGGGAGGAGACUCCACUUCGGCACGGGUAGUUGGGUUGUGCGGUGGUCCGUUGACUACCAGUCAACGUGAAAUCAUACGUGAUCUGAUGGAGCGGCAUGUUGAAACUCUAACAAGAUAUGCGUGCGAGUGGAAAAAGUCCCCGGAGACUUUGCUGAAGGCGGCCCACUGCAUGGUCACUACGAAAAGUCGUCGACAGAAUGGGAACAGUUGGAAUGCCUUCCAGUGUCUUCACAAAUGAGGCGACAUUUGCCUCAGGCGCCAGCAACCCGAUUCAUCUCUCCCUCGUCCACCAGAGGGCACUGAAGCGGAGGUCCUUGCUCAUGCACCGGAGUGCACUGAAGCGGAGAUCCGCAAUGAAUAUGAGAGCCAA